AUGGAUCAAUUAACAGCUCAUCAAAAAUCUCAAGUCGAUGAGUUCAAAGCCCUUACCGGGUUACUGGAAGAAGAAAAAACUGAAGAGGUAAUCAAAUUAUUGACCAUUAAUGAUUGGAAUUUGAAUAAUUGUGCCAUAAAUUACUUUGAUAAUGGAUUUGAAUCAAUAAAUGAAUCAAGUCACCAACAAGAGUCAAAUCAACAACAAGAAUCUCACGAUUUUGAAAGAUUUGAUCAUGAAAACACUUCUUUACAUCACAGAACUGGCUCGAGUAACAUGAAUUUACAAAGUCAAAUGUUACUAGAUGAUUUCUUACCAAGAUUACCGAAAGCACCUAGAAUAUCAAAUAAUUGGACAUUUGAAUUGGGUAUUCAUAAAUCGAUAAAAGAUAGUAUGACGAAUGAAAAACAAGUUUUCGAUGAAGAAAAAUCAAAGACAAAAUCACCAAUUACUUCAAUUUGGUUAUUUUUAUUGAUUAUACCAAAAACUUUAUUACAAAUGAUUAUUCUGUUUUUGAAAUAUUUCCUUGGUUUAGGAAAUACAAUUUCGACAGUUAACAAAUUCCCCAAUAAGUUUAAAUAUGAUAAUUAUGAAGAGGAUUACAAAAUGAUAACUAAUCAUGAAGUUGAAAAUUAUAAUUUUUUUGAGAAUGAUUUCAAUUCAGUUCAUGAAAGAUGCCAAAACAAUUUUGAAUGGUUAUUAGUUAUCUUAGUUAAUGAUAAUAAAGACACUCAAGCUUUCCAUCAAAAUUUAUUGGAAAAUCCAAAAUUUAAUAAAUUAUUCAAUAAACUGAAUGGUGUUUUUAAAGAAACUUGCAUUUAUACUAAUAACAUUGAUAAAAACCCAGAAGCUUUCGAAGUAGGCUCAACUUAUAAAAUAAAAAAAUUACCUUAUAUAAUGUUAAUUGGGAACGUUACUAAUAAUUCUUCAAUUAUGUCAUCAAUGUCAAUCACUUAUAAAUCGAACAUCUCAAAUAAUUACUUAUCCGAUACUAAAACAACAAGUGAUAAGAUUUUGAAAAAUUUAAAUAAAUUAUUAGAAAAUUUCAAUCCUCAAUUAAUUACUAAAAGAAUUGAUAAACAAGAAAUCGAACUAAGUAGAAUAAUUAAGGAACAACAAGAUUCUGCAUACUUGAAGUCAAUGGAAAAGGAUAGAUUGAAAAAACAGCAAAAAGAAGACGAAAAGUUGAAACAAACUGAAUUACUCAAUAACCAAAAAACUCACGAUAAUUUUUUAAUUCAUUUAAUCCAGUCAAAUUGGUUUAAGUUUAAAAAUGAAUCUUUAGAUGGAAAAACUACCAAAAUUGCAAUCAAAUUACCAAACGGUAACCGUUUAAUUGAAAUUAUAAAUUUAAAAAUCAACUUGAUUGAUCUUUAUUUCUAUGUCGAAUGUAAAUUAUUUACAAUCGAUUUACUAAAUAAUGAAUCUUUAGAGUUACAAAAUAAUGAUGAUGCCUUAACUUACAUAAAUAAUUUACAAUCGGAAGACGACUAUAAAGGUAUUGAUUUUGAUGAAUACUUGAAAAAAUUCCCCUUCAAUUUUGAAUUAAUUCAACCUUUCCCCAAAAAAAUCUUUGAAUUUAGCGAUACCUCAAUUGAACAUAUCCCUGAAUUGAAAUCUGGGGGAAACUUAUUAGUGGAAUACACCGAUAACGAUGACUAA